CCGCCAUGUGUCUCUUUUUCUAACUUGCGCCUCUAUCCGGAGCGGCUUUCCCUCUAGGAGAUACAGCGGACCCGAUUUCCUGGAUUUGAAUCCAUUCCGCCGUUCUUCAGCUCUUCUCCAGGUUUCCCGUCGAUACAUACACCCGUAACUGUGCGCUUUCGUCUUCCUGAAAUCUCGGAGACGCGCCAGAUGGCUCCGAGACUGAGUUGAAAAAGUCAUGGCGUCGUCGGCCUCUCUGCACGCCCACCUCUCCGCCUCGUCUUCUCUUUCCCAGGCAUGUGAUAUAAGGACCAAAUGCAAGCAGAAGAGGUUAACUAGUAUUGCAGUAAAAAAUAGAAAAGCCCCAUUCUCAUUGACUGUGAGGUCCAUCUUGGACAGCAAGGAGUCGAUUAUAAAAGGCAAAGUGGCCGCUGAGCCUGCAAGGGCUCUCUUGCAAAGUUUGAAACAGAAGUUGGAAGAACAGAUCAACAGAGAUCCAUAUCUGCCUCAAGUUGCUGAAUUUUGGCUGAACCUUCCCAAGCUCGAGUCUGAUUUACAGGCUGCUCUGUUGAUCUUGAAGAAGAAAGAAGAAGACCUACAAGAUGCGGAGAAGAAAGUGAUGCUAGAGUACAACGACUUAUGUCGUGCAAGGGUGGAGUUGGAGACCCGGCAUGAUGAAAUUGCUGCUGCUAGUUCUAAGAGAGAAAAACUGGAAGAUGAUCUACACCAGGCUAACCUUUCUUUGUCUUCUCGAGCUUUGGAAAUUGAAGAUUUAAAAUUUUGCCUCAAGGAUAGAGAUAAUGAGAUUUCUGCUGCCAAACUGGCUUUAUCUUUGAAAGAGGGUGAACUAAACAAAAUGAAGAACUGUUUGAUGAAGAAGAGUGAAGAAGCUGCCAGUGUGGAAUCAGAACUUAGAUCCAAAUCCCAGCUUCUCGAUGAAGCAAAUGGUGUUCUCAGCAAACAAAAGACAGAGAUUCGUGAUCUCAGGAUGGCAAUUCAAGACAGAGAGAAAAUGCUGGGAUAUUCUCUGAUGAUGCAGAAUGUGGAAAAGGAUAAACUCAAAGUUGCAGAGGCCAAUGUGGAAAAACUGACCAUGAAUUGGCUUGUAACCCAGGAAGAGUUGAAGAAAUUAGCAGCAGCGACGUCAAAACACGUCAGGAGGAAAGGAAAUGUCGCAUACGAGGAUUUUAAAAGAGUGAAGAAGCUGCUUGGUGAUGUUAGGUCCGAGUUACUUUCAUCUCGACGAGCUCUGGCUUCUUCAAGCCGGAAAUUGAAAGAUCAGGAAAGACUGCUACAAGAGCAGCUACUUGAACUCGAUGAAGAAAGAAGAAACAUUAUGUCUUACAAGACACUCUUGGAAGAUGCUCAAGUUGCGGUUGAAAGUGAGAAGCUGAAACUCAGGCUGGUUGAGGCUCAGAAAUUGGAACUUGAAAGGGAUUUAUCCAUGGAAAAAGUCCUUGUUCAAGAGCUGCAGAAUGAGUUAUAUAAAGAAAGAUCGUCUCUACAAGACGCAACUGAGGAGAUGUGUUUUAUGCAAAAGGAGCUCGAACUAAAGAGGGCAGAAUUUGAGGAAGUUCAGAAUCUUCUCCAGGUGAAAGAGUCAGAGUUAGUAGAAGCAAGGUUAGAAAUUCACCACCUAAAGUCAGAGCAAUCUUCUCUUCAGCUUGCAUUGCAAGAAAAAGAUUUAGAGUUGUUAAACACAAGGAAAAAGUUUGAUGAACUAAGCGAGGAGAUAACUGAAUUAAAAAUACUUAUGAAAAGCAAAGAAGUCCAGCUCAUGCAGACAACAUCUCUGCUGAAGGAGAAAGAUGAGGAAGUCCUGACAAUGCACCGUGAAUUAAAAGAGACUAAACUAAAAUUUUCAGAAGCCGAGACCGUUGUUGGUGGCAUUUUGGAGCUGACGAAGAAAAUGGUUAUUUCCGUAAAGGAUGAUCAGUGUGAUCAAUCAACCCAACUCAGCGACACAGGUCGGAACCGCUUGCCGCAGCAGCUACUUGACAAUAAACACACAAAUAGUCUAAAGUGGCAGAAAAGGUGUCUUGAAGAUGAACUUGCGCUUACCAGAGAAAACUUGAGGGCUAGAGAUACCGAAGUUCUUGCUGCACAAACAUCCCUUAAACUCAAAGACGAGGAGCUCAAAUCAGCUCUCGAAAAGCUGGGUGCUCGAGAGAAGGAACUAAGAAGAGCAAAGGAGUCUAAGAGCUCGUUCUCUUCAACUUACGACACGAAUGUCAUUGGAGUCAAUAACGGCGAAUGCCUUGCUGAAAUUCAUACCGAAGUUGCUCGGCUUUCGGCCUUGACGCAGCACUUUGUACAAGAAGCAGGUAUGGUAGGUUAAAAUUGCACUAGUUUUCUCCACUUUCAGUGAUUUAUUUAUAUUAAUGACAUAAACUAUAGAGUGUUGUGAAUGUAAAUAUGUUUGGUUUUUUGAGACGGUGUGAUGCUCUGUUUUCUUGAAUCUCAUUAAGGAGCAAUUAUUAGUUGUGUGUGGAAAGUUGGUGAUGUGAUUUUGAAAGCUCCACGGCACAUGUUAGUGUUUCCAAUCGUAUAACAAUGCCAAACUGGCUUAUAAAACCCCAUGACAUUAUAUUACCUACCUAUAUUGUUUGCACACAUUUGAGUGGAUAU